UUCUAGACUCCGCCGCAGUCCAACGACACAUCCGGCCCCUCUUCUCAGCGCUCUCCAGAAAGUUCUGCACUGUAGAGCGGCUAUAAGAAGAACCAGCCAUCUUCCCUCACCAGCCUCAGCGUAACUCGAGCGAAAGCUAGGAUAGCAAUAUCACCUGGCAAUUGUAGGUUGUCACCAUGGUUCACGAAACCGGCUUCUACGAUCUAUUGGGUGUCAGCCCCAGUGCCUCACCGGAGGAGAUCAAAAAAGCCUACAGAAAACUCGCAUUGAAAUAUCACCCCGACAAGAACCCCAAUGAAGGAGAGAAGUUCAAGCUUAUAUCUCAAGCAUAUGAUGUGCUGUCAAAUCCAGAGAAGAGAAACUUGUAUGACCAAGGAGGUGAACAAGCAAUCAAAGAGGGAGGUAUGAGUGGAGGAACUUCCCCGAUGGACAUGUUCAACAUGUUCUUUGGAGGUGGAGGAAGAAUGCAGAGAGAGAGAAGAGGGAAGAAUGUCGUCCACCAGCUUAGUGUUACACUGGAGGAGAUGUACAAAGGCAGCACAAGGAAGCUUGGACUUCAAAAGAGCAUCAUUUGUGAAACAUGUGAAGGCUAUGGCGGUAAGAAAGGUACCAUGGAGAAGUGCUCCUCUUGCAAAGGAAGAGGAGUACAAGUCAAGGUGCAACAGAUUGGGCCGGGCAUGAUUCAGCAGAUCCAAAGUGUGUGUGCAGACUGCCAGGGACAGGGCGAGAAAUUUAGCUCUAAGGACCGCUGCAAGAACUGCAAUGGACGCAAAGUAGAACGCAAGAAGAAAGUUCUUGAAGUUCACAUCGACAAAGGUAUGAAAGACGGUCAGAAACUUACAUUCACUGGAGAAGGUGACCAGGAACCUGGACUGGAGCCUGGGGAUGUGAUCAUUGUUCUGGAUCAGAAGGAGCACCCCGUGUUCCAGAGAAAAGACGAUAACUUGACAAUGAAGAUGAACAUUAAACUAGCUGAGGCUCUGUGUGGUUUGAAGAAGACAAUUCAAACAUUAGACGACAGAAUCCUCGUCAUUAGCUCACUGCCAGGUGAAGUAAUCAAGCACAAUGACAUCAAAUGCAUUCAGAAUGAGGGCAUGCCAAUUUACAAGGAUCCCUAUGAAAAGGGGCAGCUUAUUAUUCAUUUCAAGGUCGAUUUUCCAGAGAAAGACUGGCUUCCAGAGCAUCUCAUGUUCCAGCUGGAAAGACUGCUUCCUCCCAGGGAGGAUGUGAUGAUUACUGAUGACAUGGAGGAGGUGCAACUCGGGGAGGUGGAUGAGUGGACCCAACAGAGACGCGGCAGUGAGGAAGCUUAUGGGGAAGACGAGGAAGGUCCCAGAAGUGGAGUGCAAUGUCAGACGCAGUAAUCAUGAGAAAUGUAUUGUAGAGCAUGUGGAGGUCUUUUUUUUGUUGUCGUUUUGGAAUUUUUUGUGAAAAUGCCUUUAAAGUCCUGUUUUUCACGUAGUAAUGCAAACAAUUAAAAUUAGGUUUAAAACAGUUGCCAAAGCCAUUUUUGUGCGACUCUCCUUGGACACAAAUAUGCAAGUGGACUACUUCUUUCACGUUUCAUUUGUGCUCCCCAAGUUAUAAAAACUGUAUAUUGGUGUUACUUUCUUAUGUUCUCUAUUUAAGAUCUGUGUAUUUUUUUUUUUUUAAUCCAUGUAUACGUUUCUAAAGAAAUCUAUGGCACAUAUGUUUUCUUUUUCUAAAGCUGAAAGGUCUACUUGUAUGCUUUCUGUGAAGGUAAUUUCAGUCGGUACAGUACAGGUCAUUUAGCAGACACUCUUAUCCAGAGCGACUUACAGUGAAAUAACUACAGGGACGGUCUCCCUGGAGCAACUCAGGGUUAAGUGCCUUGCUCAGGUGCACAAUGGUGGCAGCCCUGGUAUUAAACUCACAACCAUCUGGUGUUAUAUUUGGAAGCCGUACCACUAGAACAUCACCACCCCAGUCAUGAAAAACAUCUUUGGUUAUUUCUCAAUAAAAGUCCCAGAAUGCUUAAA